UUUUUUUUUUUUUUUUUGGCUCAUCUCUAACAAAACAAAAAUCAAAAAUUAUUUUGAACCAAAUGGUAGUUGAUAUAUAGCAUUUUAAAGUUCUAAGGAAUAGACAAUGAUUUCAUCAAGUGCUUGGGUACCAAGAGGGUUUGCCUCUGAAUUUCCAGAGAAAUAUGAAUUGGACGAUGAAGAAAUGGAAAGAAUCACUGCCAUGGCGAAGUUAGAAUUAAAUGAUGCAAAGGAAGAUUUGGAAGAAGCUCAAGCUGAAGCUGAAGCCAAUGGAACUGAAACUAAUAGUAACUUAAAAGAACAAAUCGAAAUCGAUGAUGAUCUUAAAGAAUACGAUUUGGAAAAUUAUGAUAAUGAAGAAGCUGAUAGUGAUGGAGAAGAUGUCACUAUUUUCCCUGGUUUACCAAAUGAAGCUAAAAUUCAUACUGAUGAAGAUGGAAAUGAUCCAUAUUUAACCUUACCUAAUGAAACCGAUGAACAAGAAGAAAAGAAAGAAUCUCAAAUAUAUCCUUCUGAUAAUUUAGUAUUGGCCACCAGAACUGAAGAUGAUAUUUCAUAUUUAGAUGUUUACGUCUAUGAUGAUGGUGCUGGUGCUCCAAAGGGAAGUAAUGAAGAAGAAGAAGAUAAACUUGAUGCCGAUGUGGCUAAGGGUUUAGUAAGAGAAGCUAAUUUGUAUGUCCAUCAUGAUAUAAUGUUACCAGCUUUCCCAUUAUGUGUUGAAUGGAUAAAUUAUAAACCAGGUCAAGAAAAUGUUAGUGAAGAAAGUAAUAAUAAUAUUGGUAAUUUUGCUGCCAUUGGUACUUUUGAUCCUCAAAUUGAAAUUUGGAACUUAGAUUAUAUAGAUAAAGCAUUUCCUGAUUUAAUUUUAGGUGAACCAGCCACUACUGAAAAUGGUAUAACUAAAAAAUCCAAAAAGAAAUCUAAAAAGUCAAAACAUGUCACUACUCAUCAUACUGAUGCUAUUUUAUCAUUAGCUCAUAAUAAAACUCAUAGAUCUGUAUUAGCCUCAUCUUCAGCUGAUCAUACUGUUAAAUUAUGGGAUUUAAACAAUGGUACUGCCGUAAGAUCAUUAAACACCAUUCAUGCCAAUAAAACUGUUUCAUCAACUCAAUGGCAUUCACAAGAAGCUUCCAUUUUAUUAACCGGUGGUUAUGAUGGUACUGCUGCUGUAUCAGAUGUCAGAAUCUCUGAUGCUUCUCAAAUGUCAAAGAAUUAUAAAGUUGGAUCUGGUGAAGAAAUUGAAAAUGUCAGUUGGGGUCAUCAUUCAACUCCAGAAAUAUUUUAUGCUGGUACUGAUAAUGGUAAUGUCUAUUGUUUUGAUGUCAGAGUACUUGAAAAACCACUCUGGACUUUACAUGCUCAUGAUGCUGGUAUAUCAUCAUUAAAUGCUAAUAGUCAUAUUCCAGGUAUGAUAACUACUAGUGCCAUGGGUGAAAAAGUUGUUAAACUUUGGAAAUCAACUACUGAAAAGAAAGGUGGUCCAUCAAUGGUCUUAUCUCGUGAUUUUGGAGUUGGUAAUGUUUUAACUGCAUCAUUUGCUGGUGAUGUUGAAGUUGCUGGUCAUUUAACUGUUGGUGGGGUUAGUGGAGCCUUAAAAAUGUGGGAUACUUUCUCAAAUCCAUCGGUUAGAAAUUCAUUCCGUGAUGAAUUAAAACAAUUACAAAUUCAUGCUAGAAAUGAAGCUAAACAAAAUGGUCGUGCAUCAAGAAUUGCUAGAAAGUAUACUUCUAAUGAUAAUCGUGAAGAAGUUAUGACUGUUGAAGCAGGUGGUUUAGAUGAUGAAGAAGAUUCCGAUGAUGAAGAUGGAAUGGAACAAUAAUCCUAAAUUUUAUUUCAUUCUACAGUGUAUAUUAGUUAUUUAAUUAAUC